GAGUUUCUCCGUAGAGCGACCUAUUGAGAGGACUUUUAAAAGUGUCCAAGCAUCAUAUCAAGGGCACUGAUGUCGGGUUACCAAAUGGAGCAAUAGUUGCCCCUUAUGGUUAGACUGGGGGAGGGCUGCGACGGGCUCCACCGUGGAGUCGCGGAUAACAUCGUGGCGCAGAGAUAAAUAGCAGAAGCGACGCAGGAGGAGAAAAGCAAAAUUCUCGGCUUCCCCAAGAUUGUUGCACAAAGAUUCAUCACAAUUUCUCCCAAUUCCCUCCAUUUGCCAUGUCUGAUUCCCAGAUUGAUCCUGAUCAGUUCACCCGCGCAGGGUCUAUUACCAAGGACUACUACCGCGAUGUCUAUCCCACCAUUGAUCCCACACGGUCAGACCUCUCCCAAGCGGGCAAAGUAACGAUUGUCACGGGGGCAGGAAAAGGAAUUGGACGAGCCAUUGCACGAGCUCACGCACAGGCCGGGGUCAAGGGACUGGUUCUCAUUACCCAAUCUGCUCAGUCAGCUGAAGAGACGAAGGCUAUUGUGGAAGCGGAAUUCCCCGCCGUCGAGGUGCUGGCCCUACCUACAGAUAUUACAGAUGAGAAGGCACUGGAACAGACUUUUGUGACUAUCAAGGAGAAGUUUGGAACCGCAGUACACACCCUGGUCAACAAUGCCGGCGUCUUCGCUUCAGUGGCGCCCGUGGCCGAGUCCGACUCCACCACAUGGUGGAAGGACUUUGAGGUCAACGUACGGGGGACAUAUCUGAUGACGGCGGCAUACCUGCGUUUGAUUGCGGAUGAGGCCGCGGACUUUCAACCAACCGUGGUGAACUUGAUCUCGACGAUUGCCCUGACUCCACCGGGACUGAGCAGCUACUUCAUCAGUAAGCUUGGGGUGGCCAAAUUCACCGAGUUCAUUGCAGCGGAAAACCCCCGGGUGGCCGCCUACAGUCUCUCGCCGGGCAUCGUCCUCACUAGCAUGACGCUGGAUGGGUUUAAGCCAUUUGCCAAGGAUACCCCGGAGCUACCGAGUGCUGUGACCGUAUACCUGGCAGCGAAACGUCCGCAAUACCUCAAUGGGCGCCACCUCUCCUGCAAUUGGGAUCUCGCAGAGCUCGAAGCUCGGCAAUCGGAAUUUUUUUCGUCGGAUAAGCUGACGGUGGGUCAAUUCAUCUGACCGGGGGACUUACUUAUCCCGGUUCUUGAGAUUGGUUUGGCUCCCUUCUCAUUGGUGGAGCAUAUCUGGUAACCCGAUUUUAUGUACAUGAUUU